AUCCCUCUACUUUUCGUAGAAUAAGCCCUCGAUUCUGGUAUAAAGAUUCCAUAGCAGCAUAGUCGAAGUUAUCAGACAUCAACCGAGUCCCAAACCACGGAAACAAGUCAACGAGCAAUCGCAGGCUAUAAACAUGGCUGAGCACAUCCAUGGAGUUGUAAUUGUGCCAGGAUAUGAGGCUUCUGAACACGAUGGGUCGGAUCUCGAGAGCAUCGCUUCAUCAAGCACGAGCAUCACCGCGUCGAUCCUCGACUAUCGGGUCGAGAAUGGCAGAACGUAUCACCGAUACAAGGACGGCAAAUACAUCUUCCCCAACGACGCAAGAGAGAGCGACAGAUUAGAUCAACAACAUGAGAUCUUCAUCUAUACCCUCGAUGGCAAACUCGGCCUAGCCCCUCCCUGCAAACCGGACUCCAAAGUCGGCCGCGUUCUCGACGUCGGGACCGGAACCGGGGUCUGGGCCGUCGAUUUCGGAGACUUGCACCCCGAAGCUGAGAUUCUCGGCAUCGACCUCUCUGCUCCUCAACAGGAAUUCGUGCCUCCAAACGUGAGGUUCGAGAUAGACGACAUCGAAGAAGAGUGGACGUACUCGGAGCCAUUCAACUACAUCCACAGCCGCUUCAUGAACGCAAGCAUCGCAAAUUGGAAAAAAUACCUCGAGAAAUGCUACGACAACAUUGCGCCAGGCGGGUACCUCGAGCUUCUCGAAAACCAAGUUGACCCCGUAUCCGACGACGGUACGCUUCCCGAGGACUCUUCGAUACACGAGUACGUCAACCUCAUCCGGUCUGGGUCCGAGAAGAUGGGCCGCGUGUUCGUCGACGUGUCUACUCUCAAAGGUCUCGUUGUCGAGGCUGGAUUUGUCGAUGUCGAGCUUCGUAUUUUCAAGUGGCCCAUGAACGGUUGGCCCAAGGAUGAGAAGUACAAGAAACUUGGCCUCUGGUGCCACGAGAACUUCUCCAGCGCCCUCGAAGCCGUGUGCAUGGCGUUGCUCACCCGCGUCCACGGCUGGUCCCGCAACGAAGUCGACGUGUUUCUCGUCAAUGUCCGCAAGGACUUGAAGAAUAGGAGCUACCACGCUUACUUUCCGAUCUACUCCGUUGUUGGCCGUAAGCCCGAGAAGGAAGAGGCCGCAGCUUCUGCUUAGUGCUGGGCCGAUUUCGUCGCUGGAAAGACGGCUGUAGUAAAUACCUUUCGGGACUUGUAGACGGAGUCAAGCUGGAGACAAAAUAAUGGAGAGAAGAGCAGGAUUGUGACACAGCAAUUACUCACCCAGCUUGUGAAGAGCAAUACAAAACUGGCACAAAAGUGGUAUGGGCUGUACCUCGUCAUAGUCAGACGAUGAGCCCAUUUACAUACAGAGAAUUAUGACAAAGCCAAAGCACGUCGUAGCAACCUUUUCAAAGUCUUGAGCCAGUGUUGAGAUGUAAACUUUCGCCAAUCCGCAAGGCCUGAUGUGUAGUCUUUUUGUCCUACAAAAAACAUGGAACAUUACUUGUACCUAGAUGACGCCCGAAAGAACGAUUUUUUUGACCGAAUGGAUUUUCAACUGGUCUAAGGCCAAUGAAAUU